AUGAGAGCGCGCAAACCAGCACUAACCAGUUUGACAAGAAACUGUCGACCAGAGUUUCACCACACUCACCGCCGCUGGAGUCAUUUGCGAAAAAUCCUCGAGAGAUCUGGGCCUUUUUGCCGGCCCGAUUUCGAGCCGUCGCCCGACACACUGGAAUUCCUGAUGGAGAAUUGCAAGGUCCUGGUGAUCGGUGCUGGUGGAUUGGGCUGUGAACUAUUGAAGAACUUGGCUCUCAUGGGAUUCAGGAAGAUAGACGUCAUCGACAUGGACACCAUCGAGCUCUCGAACCUCAACAGACAAUUUUUAUUCCGACACAAAGACUUGGGUUCCUCAAAAGCCAAAGUAGCUGCUAAAUUUAUCAACGAACGAGUUCCAGGGUGCUCUGUGACUCCUCACUGCUGCAAGAUCCAAGACAAAGACGAAUCUUUCUACCGACAGUUCCACAUUGUUGUCUGCGGGCUGGACUCAAUCGUGGCCCGGAGGUGGAUCAACGGAAUGAUAAUAUCGCUCUUGAACUACGAAGACAAUGAACUGGAUCAUUCUUCAGUGAUUCCUCUGGUUGACGGUGGUACAGAAGGCUUCAAAGGCAAUGCCAGGGUUAUUUUACCAGGUCUUAGUGCUUGUAUUGAGUGUACUCUUGAUUUAUAUCCACCUCAAAGGACAUACCCAUUGUGUACAAUAGCAAACACUCCGAGAUUACCUGAGCACUGCAUCGAGUACGUGAAAGUCAUCCAAUGGCCGAAGGAAAAUCCUUACGACUGCGAGAUUGAUGGUGAUGAUCCUCAGCAUAUAAAUUGGAUCUACGAGAAAUCUAUUGAACGAGCCACGCAGUUCAGCAUCCGAGGAGUUACUUACAGACUUGUUCAAGCAGAAAAAAGAAGCGAUUGUCUAGGUUGCAGCGAGAUACCUCGCGACCUGGAAAUCCGUGACGGCAAUAUCAAACUAAAAGACUUGAUUGAAAUACUCUGCGAGCGUCACGAUUUGCAAAUGAAGGACCCGGGAAUCACAGUAAACAUCAACGGGAAGAAUAAAACUCUUUACAUGCACACUGUCGCGAGUAUUGAAGUUAAAACGCGAGUUAAUUUAACAAAAACACUGACUGAGCUGGGAUUGAAGAAUGAUAUGGAGAUAAAUGUUGCGGAUGUGACAACUCCCAAGACUAAAAUAGUAAAGUUAAAGUUCCAGAACGGCAAUGAUGUUGAGAUGGCUUGA